AUGAUAUUCUCCAGAUCAGGCCGAUCUGUUUUCCCACUCCUUCCUCCAUAUGGAGCUCAAGAUCCACAUGGAGGGCCAGGACGUAUCAUUCCGCUGAAUCCUGACGGCAUUACCCCAUACAUGGGGUUGAGCGCACGUCUGUCACAAAUAUGGAUGAACCGCUGGACCAUUCUGCUAUUGCUCGUCUUAGCCAGAGCAUUGAUUGCUGUCACUGGCAUGCAAAGUGAUUUUGCCUCGGCGAAACUCCAGGCGCUGUCUGCGUGUACCACUGUCGAGACCCAGGGCAGCACCAUGGCUUCCAUGCCUCAUUAUCUAUCGCAAGGAGUGAAUGAGCUCACUGCCUCCGGUGUCGAAUCCGCCGUCAAUGGUCUCAAGAGCAUGCUAAUGUUGACCGUGACUGGCGUGGAAGAACUCGUGCUCUAUAUCAUCAGAACCAUGUACCGAACUUACCUCUGUCUGAUAAAAUUGGCCGUUCAUGGCAGUGUCGAAGUCGGUGUCGGGUUGCUGAAAGACGCCACCGACUUUUUGAACUCAACGGUGAAGGAUAUAGGCGAGGACCUCGGCGAUACCAUAUCAACUUUCCAAGACGCCCUCAACAAAUUUCUCGGAGUGGUCAACACAAUUGCCAGUUCGAUCGGAGUGGACGUUCCCACAUUGAAUGUUUCAAGCUUUGUUGAUAAGCUUGAGAAUGCCCGUCUUCCAUCGUCAAUAGAUGAAAGUCUAGACAAGCUUAACAACUCGAUGCCAACGUUUGACGAGGCGACCGAGUUUGUCGAGAAUGUCAUCCGUACUCCCUUCAAGGAGGUCAACCAAAAAAUCAACGAAUCCUUGGGAACAUAUACCUUCGACCGUUCUUUACUCCUAGUUCCAGAAAAGCGGCAGUUGAGCUUUUGCAAAGGCAACGAUGGAAUCGAUUCCUUUUUUGAUGGUGUCCAGGACAUCGCAGAAACAGGCCGCAAGGUCUUCAUUGCUGUUUUGAUCAUUGCCGCAAUUCUUGCGUGUUUGCCGGUGGCAUGGCAGGAGAUCCGCGGUUGGCGGCAUAUGAAAGAACGAUCUCAACUCGUCCGCAAAGAAGCAGACGACCCAAUGGAUGUGGUCUACAUCGUGUCCAGGCCCUACACUGCAGCCGCCGGGAUUAAAGCGGCAAGCAGAUUCAGCAACAGCCGCAGACAGAUACUAGUCCGCUGGGUUAUUGCGUACGCCACCUCGCCAAGUGCACUGUUCAUUCUCUCUCUCGCGGUGGCCGGUCUCUUCUCCUGUCUCUGCCAAUAUAUACUUCUCAGAGCCGUCGAAAAAACCGUUCCCGAGCUCUCCGCCGAAGUAGGCGCCUUCGCCGACAAAGUCGUAGACGCGCUGGAGAGCACAUCUAUGGAAUGGGCCAACAGGACCAACAGUGUCAUCAGCAACGUAAACAGCGACCUCAAUGACAAAAUCUUCGGCUGGGUCCAUACCUCGACAACAGGCGUAAACGACACCCUCAACGCGUUUGUCAAUAAAACCACAGGCAUCCUGAACGAGACCUUCGCCGGAACGAUACUCUACGACCCUAUCCUCGACGUCUUGAACUGCCUGAUUUUCCUCCAAAUCGCCGGUAUCUCGAAAGGCCUCACCUGGGUCUCCGACUCCGCAUAUAUUGACCUCCCUACUUUGCCCAACGACACGUUCUCUCGCGGCGCCUCUGACUCCAUCUCUUCUUCCGACGGAAGCGACAGCUUCCUCGCCGACGCCGGCGACUCAACCUCCGAUCAAAUCACCGCGACCGUGUACCGAGUCACCAGCAAGAUCGCCAACGGCAUCAAAACAGAAACAACCAUCUCCGCACUCAUCCUCCUUGUGUGGUUCCUCAAUCUACUCAUCGGACUCACUCGCGCCCUGAUCCUAUUCUGCAAGCGAGAAAGAACCCGCGGGGAGGGCGGCGGCGCCCCCACACCUUCAGGGCCGCCGGGCGGCGUUUCUGACUCCAAUGGCUUCACCGAUGUGCCCCUAACCGCAAUACCCAAUGUCCGUAGCUCUAGCUCUGCUCGCUCUCCACCAGCACCACAAUAUGAACCUGCCGCGACAGCAAGGGCAGGCUCUGGGAUCGCGGUGGCCGUGACCACGACCGUGACCACUGAAACAGAGUCCGGGUAUCCCGACGAGAAAAUCGGGUUUGCAGGACAUCGGAACGCACUCAAAGUUUCGGGGGUGCCGGAUCUGCGUGGGAGCAGUUAUGUUGAAUAUGGGAUAGAGAAGCGUUAG